AUGGGCAAGUACGCUCAGCUGGUGAUCGGCCCCGCAGGCUGCGGCAAGUCGACAUACUGCGAGCACCUCUGGAACCAUUGCCAGGCCAUCGGGCGCCCCAUCCACUGCGUCAACCUAGACCCAGCGGCGGAGGCGUUUGGCUACCCGAUUUCCAUUGACAUCCGCGAUCUAGUCAGCCUGGAGGAUGUGAUGGAGGAGAUGGGGCUGGGGCCAAACGGCGCCCUGCUGGCUGCCAUGGAGUACAUGGAGGACCACCUGGAUGACUGGCUUGGGGAGGAGCUGGGGGGGUACGGGGACGAGGACUACCUCGUGCUGGACUGCCCCGGCCAGAUCGAGCUGUACAGCCACGUCAGCGCCUUCAGAUCACUCGUGGACUUCCUGAAGGCAGACGGCUGGUCUGUGUGCGCGGUGUACUGCCUGGACUGCCAUUUCAUCACUGAGGCACCCAAGUACAUUGCGGGGGCCAUGCAGGCGCUGGCAGCUAUGGUGAAGCUGGAGCUGCCCCACAUCAACCUGCUGACUAAAAUGGACUUGUGA